UCACUUUACCAAUUUUUAAAUUGAUCCAUCAUUUCCGUUUAGUUAAGAUCAUGAACUUUCGAAUCUGACUAUCAUAAACUAUUUCUCAAUUUGUUCAUACCAGAGUUAUCUAUUGAAAAAAAAGAGACUCUCUCAUCAGAUUUCCGAUGUAGACAUCAAUGAAUGAGAAUCUGUUAGAUCCGUAGCGCUCUGUGUGUAUGUGUAGCCGAAGAAAGGAAAUAGUCUGAAAAUUGUAUAUGUAAAAGCUUUGAAAUUCCGUACCUUUACUACGGAUGUCACGUUUGGGGAAAUUUAUGAUUUGCAAAGAAGAACUGAUGAGGAAUACUGAUUCUGUUAUUUGGGGUUUUAGUGGAGGGACAGCCACUCCUGAGCUGGAUGACACUCACAAAUUAUGCGAGAAAAUUUGGACAGCUCUUAAUAGUCGUGUCUGCAAUGUAGUCAUUGUAAUAUUUGUCUUUGCUGAAGGAGUUGUUGUUUUGUCUGAGUUAUUGAUCGACUUAAAUGUUGUACAAGAUCCAGAAUGGAAAGCUAAAAGUAUCAACUGCAGUCAAAACUCCACUGGUUUACCCAGUGAAAAUAUUAGUCCUAGAAUUAAGAAAGCCAAAGAAGCAUUUUCUAUUACCAGUAUUACAUUAUUGACAAUAUUUAUUAUUGAGGUAAUACUAAGAAUUGUAACUGGAAAGACAAGGUUUAUUGUCCAAGGCAUUGAAGUUUUUGAUGCUAUUAUUGUACUUGUUGCUUUUGGACUGGAUAUUGCAUUUUUCGUAGCACCAUCAAAAGUUGGAAUUGGAAAGGAAGCUGCUGUACUUAUUAUUCUCUUAAGACUAUGGCGUAUCACUGCAAUUAUAAAAAGUAUUAUUACCUCAUCCAAAGAGAAAUUAUCAAACGCUCUUGGCAUUUAUCAAAAAGAAAAAAUACAAUCUGAUCAUAAAGUAGAUCUCCUUAUUUUGAAAGUUGAAGAUUUGGAGCAUGAGGUAGCUUAUUUGAAAGAGAAGCUCAAAAAGACUGAGAAAGAGCCUUUGUUCAUGAAACGACGCAAAGCAAAGGAGUCUUCAUCUCUUCCUUUUCCUUUGCCUUCCUCUAUAUCCAUUCCCAUGGAAACCAUUCGCUUGCCAACUUCACAGUCACUUCAUGAAAAUUGCCAUAGUCCUUUCCAAGUCAGAGAACUGAAGAAUAAAGUCACCUUGUUUGCAGAAAAUGCUGCCACUAUCAUUGUUGAUGAGGCUCUCUUGCUUGCCUCUCAUAUUCGAUCACCCAGUGAUUUGCCCCCACCAAUGGCUACAAGUCCUACAAGAAAUAAAGGAGCCUGCAAAUUGAGGAGAAGACCAGAUGGUAGCAUAGAAAGUGGCUAUGGAUCCGCUUCCAGUUCAAUGAAUUGGAGCAAAUCAAGACCUCACACAAGAUCUGAAGAAGAAAAACAAUCAGCUCCCCUUGCUGCUAUCAGAGACACCCUUAAAUGCCCUGAAAGUAGUCCCGAGAGUGGCUACGGAUCUGGAGGUUCUGCUCAUAAUCCGAAUGUUGAUGGGGUUAGUCCUGGAAUUUCUGAUGAAUCUGGGAAGCCUCUUGCUAACAAGACCACAAAAUUAGUGGGAACAGUGUUUCUUUUUCCUGAAUCUCCUGCGGAAAUAUCAACCUCCUUAAAUGAAGUUAACAUGAAGAUUUUGGAUGAGAAGUCGGAAAUUGAAAGAAUAAGGCAUGUGGAGUUCAACCCCAAUAAACUAGAAAAGGAUGUACCUAUGACAUCACUGUGAUUACUUAAGAAGCAAAUUGGGGAAUAAAAAUACCUAUUGUGUUCACCUGUUCGGGCAGCUAUUUAAUGUUAAAUGUAAUUCUUGGUGUUCCUUUUAUUAUUUUGUUGUGCACAUUGAUGUUUGUAACAGGUAGGAUCAUUGGUGAGUUUUGUUUUGGAAUAACAACAAGAUGGAGAAGUAUGUUCUACCGAUAGAUAAUUUGAGAUUGAUAUCUCUUGCAUUUUGUGUCGGUAUUAAAGAAAUGAGCUUAUCACAAUAUUGUGAAUGUGUUAAAAAUGUGCAUGUAUAAACUCGAAUGGGGAAAGUUAGAAUUUUUUCUUUGUUACAUGAAAAAUUUCUGUAAAUGUAAACGCACUUCUAUUUCUCUUCAUUUGUGAAGUCAUUUUGUAUAUUUAAGUAUUAUUCUAUUGUUGUUUUCUGAUAAAAGCUUUUUCAUUUUAAAGACUGAUGCAUUCCAUUUUCUAAUCUUGGAUGUGUAUAUUUCCAAGAAUGCAUUUCUGUUUUAUAUAUAUAUGUAUAUGUUGUAAAUUUGCACAAUGAAGUAUGUGUAAAAGGCAAUAAAUGUCUCCAAAGUUUUCUUUAAUAUCUAUUUGCACUGGAUUUAAUGAUUUUUUUUUUAGUUACAUUCUUAUUUUGAAUCUUUAUUUGUUGGAUUUCCAAACAUUUUCUUGGUUCUUAGUUUACGUUUAUAAGCAAUCCAACCCCAAAAUGUUAACAUUUUUUCAUGUUGCAAAGUAAUUAAUAGUUAAAAAUUAUUAAUUAUAAUAAAUUUUUAUUAAGAGUUUUUUAGACAUUCCAAUU